AUGGCUACACUACUGAUAGAUCUGGAUCCACUUCUUCGUGAACGCUGGUUGAGAUUACCACCUUCUUCUGAGACGCUGAGUUUUAAAUAUUCCUUCAUGAUCUUUAUUAUUUCUGAGGCAUACCUAUGUGUUUCUUUAGCGUCCAAGCUUGAAAGACUGGAGGCAACAUAUGAGCGGUUUCAGAUGGUGAGAGUGCUUGCAGCAGCCUAUAUUUGGCGUUUGAUGCAGUGUACAAUGCUGGGGCAAAACAAAGUCCCUCCCCUCUAUUACCUACGACGGGUUCUCCCAUUCUAUGACGUCCCCAUUACUCUACUUUUUACCGCUGCUUUUUACUACGUCAUCCCUGUAAUUGCCAAAUCCCCGACAGCUGAUCACUUAUUUCUGGUUGCAUAUCUUCUGCUCUUUAUCAUUAUGGUUAUGUGCGAGGUGUACGAGCUGCAGAAACUGAAACAAUAUACAAUGGUUCAUCAACAGAAUAAUGAUGCUGCUAAUAAUUCAGUCCCUUUUACCACCAACUGGCUGUGUCCUUUACAUAUUCAAGUUACUGAGCAUUUUGCGGCCAUCCUCCUGGCAGCGCUAUGUUUUGAUUUAGUGGUCCAGCUUGAAAGCCUGGACGGAAUAUCAGCAGCAGCGAUGGUCAUGGUCCAGUUGCCUCAUGAAGUAAAUCCGCUGAAUAUGCGGAGGAAAUCCAAGGGCUCUUCCGUCUAUUGGUCACGAGAAGCUGUCCUAUGUUAUAACCUCCCAAUUAGUGCAGCUAUUACGGUCUUUUACAGCAUCGUCCGUACAUUCCCCAAGACCUUAGUCCUUGUACCAUCUAUAAGGUUAAUUCGUCUGGCCUUGACGCAAUGCGAGACAGAAGAUCCUACUGGGGCCGCAGAAGUUGGAGCUGAUUCUUCUUUAAACACUGACUUCGUUCAUCAGCAGAAUUAUGAUGCUCCUCAUUCAGUCUCUUCUACCUCAAAUUUUAUAUGUGAAGAUCCUAUUGGGGGUAGUGGAUUCGUAUCUGUUCAUGUUGCCCGCAGCAGAGAUGAUCCAAUCUCAUUCAUGGCUGCACAACUGGGGGACCGGCCUCUUCGUGAACGCGAGUUGAGAUUAUCAAUGCCUGCUACUGCGAAGCUGGUUUCAAGUUUGGGCAUUGUGAUAUCUUUUGCUCCAAUGCUCCUGGUUGAAGGACCGGAGGGAAUAUUUAAGUCCCUGGAACUGUAUCCCGAGCUCACAGGUUUUGCGGUAGUGCAACUUUCAAAAUGUAUGCACAUAAGAUGGGCGAAAGACACGAGACCUCACGGCUAUUGCUCCAGAGAAGUUGAAGGACUUUAUGGCAUGACAUACACUGUUGUUAUUGUUUUGUCCAUCGCCUUACGUUUGCAUUCGAAAUCCUUAUUCGUUGCAUACGGUCUGGUUUUGCAUCUUCUGAAUCUCAUCGUUAACUCUCUCUACUUAUAUGUGUUCCCAAGAGAGGCAGUCCACGAAAUCCAGGCCGCGGAACUGGAACAAAAUAUCAGCCCUGCCCAAGCCCCUUCUUUGAACACUGGGUUGUUUGAUCAACAGAAUUAUGAUGGUGCUCGUUCAAUCUCUUCGACCACCUACCUUAGCCAGUGUGAAACAGAGGAUCCUGCUGGGGCUGCAGAAGUUGGAUCUGUUUCUUUAACCAUUGAUGAGUUGGUCGAUCAACACAACUACGAUGACCCUCAAUCAUUCUCUUCUCCCUCAAAUUUUAGCCAAAGGCCGAAAUGGGAUCCUCCUACUGGGAAUGGUGGAUUCGUAUCGGUUCAUGUUGAUCCUUCCAGAGUCUCAAGUGCAGUAGAGGAAGAAGACGACGACGACGAUGAUGCCAAUUCAACCUCUGAUGCCGCCAAUUUUAGUACAUGGGUAAAAGGAGAAAUUAUUGGGGCUGGUGGAUAUGGGACUGUUUAUGUUGCCUAUAACAGGGAAAUCAAAAAAUUAUGUGCAGUCAAGGAACUUAAAGAUGUUUUCAAACUUGAAAAUGGAGAAUCUAUAAGAAAGGAAAUCAAAAUUCUCAGCCAACUGGAACAUCCCAAUAUUGUGAAAUAUUUUGGCAAUGAAAUAGCUGGACACCACAUUUCUUUAUACAUGGAGUACAUCAAACCAGGUUCACUAAAGAAAUAUAUAUCAGAACGAGGUAUUUUAUGUGAACCUUUAAUUCAAAAUUUCACUGCGCAAAUUCUCUCCGGGUUGGUUUACCUGCAUAGCAAAAGAAUAAUUCACAGGGACAUAAAGCCAGACAAUCUGCUUGUCGAUUCUAACAACAUCUUAAAGCUCGUUGACUUUGGUUUGGCUAAGCAUGUUCUUAAAAAAAUAGAAUACAAGAGCUCGCUUGAAGCUUAUGCUGCUGAUAUAUGGAGUUUGGGCUGCGUAAUGAUUGAAAUGUUCUCAGGGAAGCAUCCUUGGUCUGGUUUUGAACCGCAACAGGUGUUCUUUAGAGUUUGUCUUAAAGAGGAAAAUCCGGACAUACCAGAAGGAUUAUGCCAAGAUGGUAAGGAUUUUCUGGAACUCUGCUUCGCAAGAAAUCCGGCCCAGCGGCCAUCUGCUGCAGCAUUACUAGAACAUCCCUUUGUAAAAGCGCAAACAACCUAGCCAGCCGAUGGAAGAAAGUUUCAAUGAUUGAUGAUGUCCGCUUAAGUCUCGUUUGAUACGAAGUAUUGAAAAUAUGGGAUUGAAAUUGAGAUUGAGAAAAUAUAUUAGAAGAAUGCUUAGCAUGGAAGAUUGCUUGUUACUUGUAAUUAGACAAAUCUAUAUAGGUGAGAUUGAGUAGAUUUUCUCAAUCCCAAUCAUAAUUCUUAUAUUGCAUUGUCAAUGCUUCAUACCAAAUGAGAUCUAAGGGUUAUCUCUUCA